GUAUUCUCUCUGAGAAGCCCGAAAAAUAAUAAAUUUCCAUUUCGUCUUUUCCUCUCUCUCUAAAGUGAAAAAUUCCUGCCUUUGUUUCUAAGUCUAUCUGCCCAAAGGCCAACAACAGCAUCUAAACCCAGUUUCUUCCUUACUUUCCAUCCACAAAUUCCUCAACAAAACCGUAAUCCGAAAACUUCACGCAUCCAAAUUCGGCUUCAAUUGCUCUGUCAGGGCCCAGAAACUUCAUUUUUAGCUCCUUUUUUCACCACCUUCUGCCGCCGCCGUGUCGCCGUCGCCGCCUUUCUUCUCCGUUUGAGGAUUCUUCUACCUUGAAGGGUCGAUGGCUGAACUUGAAAACAACGUUGGGUUCUCCUCGGGGAUGACGACGUUUUCGUUGUUCAAUCGUUCACGAACAAUGAACUCAAACUCACCCCCAACAGAAUCGUUUCAGAAACCCUAUCUUGAACCCACUCUUGAUCGUUCUGGUUCUGGAAACAAAUUUUACAAUUCCAUUGAAUCAGUGAAGUCUGCGGGAAAUUCUCUGAAAGGGAAAGUGAAGAAACUCUGUAGUUUCUUUGAAUCUAGGAAAGAUACAUCAAAAAGCUACGAUGAAGCUUCUCUUCCAUCACCUAGUAAGUUAAAGCCCACAAAAUCAAUUGAUUCUGAUUCUGGAGUUUCUUCAAGUUUCAGCAAUAGCUCUGGUAUUAGACUACCCGGAACUGAGGAUCGAAUUGUGAUAUACUUCACUAGUCUGCGUGGAAUUCGAAGGACUUAUGAGGAUUGCUAUUCUGUUCGAAUGAUCUUCAGGGGAUUCGGCGUGUGGGUGGAUGAGAGAGACAUAUCAAUGGAUUCAGCAUACAGGAAGGAGUUGCAGAGAGUGCUGGGACAGAAGAAUGUGACUCUCCCACAAGUGUUCAUUAGAGGGAAUCAUGUGGGAGGAUCUGAUGUCAUAAACAAUCUCUUUGAAGUUGGAGAAUUGGCCAAGAUCCUCGAAGGAUUCCCAAAGAGGAAACCCGGGUUAAUGUGUGAGAGCUGUGGAGAUGUGAGGUUUGUGCCUUGCAUGAAUUGCAGUGGAAGCAGGAAAAUCUUUGAUGAAGAUGAAGGGAUUCUCAAGAGAUGCAUGGAAUGCAAUGAGAAUGGACUGAUUCGCUGUCCAGAUUGCGGUUCUUGACCUCGCUUUCAGAACAUGACACUGAACACAAACAUGUAGACAAUUUAGUGUCGGAUUUGGAUCUUCUCUGAACAAUGCUAACUGCUCCUGUCUGAAUUCCAGUCUGUUUGCUCGAUCCGGAACUAGGAGAUGGGCUUGAUUCAACGGCUAACGAACGUAAUGUGCUGCACAAUUACUGGGUUAAAGAUGAAGCCAACAGGUGAAAUUUCAUACAGGAGAGGUCAGUGUGUGGUUUCUGAAAAAGUCAGUCCCAUUGGUGGUGUUCACGUGUCUGUUCUGUGAUAUAUCAGUUUAAGUGUUAGUUCAGUUCUUCAUAGGUUAGUAUGAAUUUUGGUUGCUGAGAGAUAAAUAAUCAGCAAAGGAGUUCAUUGUGGGUAAUGAACUUGUGAUUCAAAAUUCUCUUUGAAUUUGUGGUUGUGUUUUUGGAAUCUGUGUCACGAGCUGAUGGGAUUCAGCUCAAUGAAAAAAGCGAGUUUGGGUUUGAGUAUGUGUGUGAUUGUAAUUCACAGGGAGGAGAGGGUCUCUCUUUCGAAGCAGUGUAUAUAUUUAGAUUCCUAUGGGAAGGAUUUGUAGACUCUGGCCAUUGUCCAUUGUCCAUUCAGAAAUUUAUAAUGUGAAUGGGUUUCUAUUGUA